AUGUAUGUAAGCUAUAAAAAGAAUGAUGGUACACAAGUUAAAGUUCCAUUAGACAACAACUGCUACUUAAACUUAUAUGGAGACGAACAAAAGAAAUAUUUAAGAGUUUAUGAAAUGGCAGAUAUGACAUUGCCUGACCCAGCUCCAGCACCACAUUAUUAUGACUAUGGAGAUGACGACAGAACACCACAUGUAGAUGAACAAAAGCUAACAUUAUAUUUAGAUUAUUAUAGAUAUAAAAGAUAUAAUGCAAUAGAAAAAACGAGAAUAGUAUAUUAUUAUACAGAUGACAGAAAUAAAUAUUAUAGUCAAGAUUUUACCUACCCUGAAAACAUAAGAUUAUAUUAUAAAAAAUAUUCUGACACAAACCAGAAGAAACCUGAAAUAGUUGCACUAUAUUUUAAGUUCAAAAGAGACAAUCCUAUAGUAUCUCAUAUGUUUGAUUUAAUGAACCCAGUAGGUUCUAUUUAUACAUCUAUGGAUGCAAGAGGUCCUCAAGUAAUGUUUGGUGUUGGUGCAUGGGAACAAAUAGUCGACAGGUUUUUGUAUUGUGCAAACUCUUCAAAGGAAACAGGUGGAAGUAAAACGAUUUCAGGUGAAAAUUUACCUGCACACAGUCAUUACAUAGAUUUAAGUACAUCUCAAGCAGGUUGGCAUAAGCAUAGAUAUUGGGAUUGGUCAGGAAUGACAAAUGGUAAAGGAUAUGAUGUUAAAGACGACGUUAAGUUUGCUAUAAAUUGUUACUGGAGUGACACUCAGGGAGAAGGAAACCAUACACAUUUCGUUUCAGGAUAUACACAAACAACGGGACAAAGUAAAGAAUACAUGCCACCUUACAUGACAGUUUACGCAUGGUAUAGAAUUGCUUAG